AUGUUCAAGAGCAUAGCAGCAGUUUGUUGGACUUUUCAUUAUGCAAAGCGGCUUUUAGAGACAGUGUUUGUCCACCGUUUCUCACAUGGUACUAUGCCACUUCGUAAUUUGUUCAAGAACUGUACAUAUUACUGGUUGUUUGCAUUAUACAUUGCAUACCACAUAAACCAUCCUCUCUACACUGCGCCUUGCAGCACUUGUGUGUACGUUGGUCUUGCAGGUUUCGUUUUAUGUGAGUUGGGCAACUUGAGCAUUCACCUGCUUUUGAAAAAUCUUCGUCCACCUGGCACUAAAGUGAGACGCAUACCUAGGCCUGAUGGGAACCCUUUCUCUCUACUCUUCAAUUAUGUUUCCUGUCCUAACUACACUUACGAAUUUGGUUCAUGGGUCUUCUUCACAAUUUUAACUAAAUGUGCUCCAGUCGGUAUAUUUGCUGUUGUUGGAAUGUACCAGAUGACGGUUUGGGCUCUCAACAAACAUCGUAACUACAAGAAGGAAUUCCCCGAUUACCCGAAAGAGCGUAAAGCCAUAUUGCCUUUCAUUCUUUAA